AUGGAGUCAUUUACUCUAUCUUUGACAAAUGAAGCUCAGGUGUCCGGAUUGCUAUCGAUUCCGUCCCGAACAUCAACGACACCGUAUUAUCGGCCCUUGAUAGUUGGUCUGCACGGCGGAACCUACUUUUCGAGUUAUUUUGCCAACGAGACUGCAAGCUCGGCAUUGAGAAUAGCAGCGUCCCUCGGCGUACCAUUUAUCUCGGUCGAUCGCCCUGGCUACAAGGAUAGCACGGCUCUCCCUACGCUCCCAGCAGGGUCCACGUUCCUUCAGGAAGAGGGCAAAUACCUCCAUCAGCACAUCCUGCCCGCAAUAUGGCAAGCAUACGGUGCGGCCUCGGAAGCAACCACCGUUGUCAUCCUCGCCCACUCCCUUGGCGCUCCCGGCGCCAUAGUGGCAGCCGCGUUACACGCCCGAGAGCAGCAGCAACAUACGUACCCUUGUGGCGGACUGAUCAUGUCUGGAUGGGGUACCGUGCACGCGCGGCCUCGCGAGGCCGCAAAGCACAUGAUGGACACCCUGACCGUGAACGGGCGGAUAAACUGGCCUCUGGAGCACAAGGACGCACCCAUGUUCGGCGCUACCCCGGAGGAACUCGCCCUACGCGUUUCCCCAGACGUGCUCGCCUUGACAUCCCAACUGGACCACUCCAUGUCCCGUGGUGAGAUCGAGGACGGAACAUUCACCUGGCUGGACUACUGGUUAGAUUACGCGAAGGACGUGCAAUGGCCGAUCAUGUACGGGAUGGCGCAACACGAUGCACUGUGGAAGACGACGCGGGAGAAUGUCGAGGACUUUGCGCGGGCGUUUACCAGUAGUCAGAGGGUCGAGAGGGGGGUUGUGCUGGAGGCGCCGCACUGUAUGGAGCUGAGUUAUUGGGGCCCUGGAUGGAUUGCGAGGUGUAUCGGAUUUGCCAUUGAGUGUGCGGCCGCUGAGGGCGUCAAGCGUGCAACACAGGGCGAACAGUUGUCUUCGGGAAUAUGA